AAUACGUCAUUCGGCGCGCGCAGGUUCCUACCCACAAUGCACCGCUGUCUUAGAGAGCGCCAUCUUUGUAACGCCGUGUUGGAAAUCAGAAGCUAAUUUCUCGCGUUAUUCGCCUUGUAUUUUUAUGUUUGCCAGCGUUUUAGCAUAACAAUGGGGGUGAAGGUGCCACGUCCUCGCUGCUUCUUCGACAUCGGCAUCGGGAACACGCUCGUCGGCCGCGUGGUGUUUGAGCUUUUCUCCGACGUGUGUCCCAAGACGUGCGAGAACUUCCGCUGUCUCUGCACAGGUGAGCGGGGGAUUGGGAAGACGACACAGAAGCCUUUGCACUAUAAAGGAUGUCUGAUCCACAGGAUAGUGAAGGAUUUCAUGAUCCAAGGAGGAGAUUUUAGUGAAGGAAAUGGCAGAGGUGGUGAAUCCAUUUACGGAGGAUUUUUUGAAGACGAGAGCUUCUCUAUGAAGCAUAACAAGGAGUUCCUGCUGUCUAUGGCGAACCGAGGCAAAGACACCAACGGCUCACAGUUCUUCAUAACUACAAAACCUACUCCUCAUCUGGAUGGAAUUCAUGUGGUGUUUGGUCAGGUGAUCUCGGGCCAGGAGGUGAUCCGGACCAUCGAGAGUCAGAAGACGGACACUAACAGCCGACCGUACGCGGAGGUCAAGGUGCUCAACUGCGGCGAGCUCGUCCCCAAAUCCAAAGCCAAGAAGGAGAAGAAGAAGAAACAGCAGUCGUCCAGCGAGAGCAGCGAUGACUCUUCGUCCUCCUCGGAGUCUUCUGACGAAUCCGAGGAGUCCGACAAGGAGGACAAGAAGCACAAGAAGAAGCAUAAGAAGGAGCAGAAGAAGAAGAAGAAGGAGCAGAAACACAAGAAGAAAAAGGAGAAAGGGUCUGAUGAUGAGGAAGAAGCCAAGGAGGAGAAGCCUCAGCAGCCCGUUUCAUCUGUCCGUCCAGAUGAAGUCCCGCCCAUCCCAGAGAACCGCUUCCUGAUGAGACGCAGUCCACAGCCUCAGCCUAAAGAGGAGCAGGGGAAGGACAAACCGAAGGAGAACUCUGGGAAAGAGCGGCAGAGAGAAAGGGAGAGGGACAGAGAACGAGACAGAGAGAGAGACAGGGAGAGACCCAUGGUGAACUCAAGACCAAAUCGCACACGCCUGGUGAUGACCCGAUCCGGCCGGAGAAUUAAAGGAAGAGGACCCAGGCGUUAUCGGACUCCAUCACGGUCUCGCUCUCGUUCCUGGGAUCGUUUCCGGCGCAGUGAGACUCCGCCACACUGGAGAUUGGAGAUGCAGAGAACCCAGAAGGCCAAACCCAAUACGCAGACCACACAGGAGCGCUGGAUCAAAGGAGACAAAGGGGAUGUGUCUCAGGAGAAGACCGAAACCACAGAGCAGCCGGAGAAAGAGAAAGCAGACACUGCGCAGGUACGAGAGAGGAAGGACUCUGAGCGAGAGAAGAAAGGCACCAAGAGGAACAAAUCAAGCAGCCCAGAUAAAGGACGAGAGAAGAAGAGCGGCAGACAUCACUCUAGGAGCCAGGAGAGGGACAAACGAAAAAAAGCAGAUGGAGAGGCGGAAAAGAGGAAGGGGCGCAGUCGCAGCAAGAGCAAGGAGAAGAAAGGAGAGGAGGAUCAGAAACGCAGCAGAACAGAUGACAAAAGGGGCCAAUCGAGCAGCAAAGACAGGAAAGACAAAGACACAAAAAAGGACAGAGAGGACAGCAAGAGCAAGGAGCGGCCUAAGCAGUCUGAGAGAGACGCAAGGGACAAGAGGGAUGACGCCAAAAAGACAAAGAAUGGAGAAACUCGGCGUGAAAGAUCACGAAGCAGAGAAAGAGAGCGCGACAUCAGGAGACGGUCCAGGUCUCGGUCCAGGUCCCGGUCCAGAUCGAGAGGGCGUGGCAAGCGAGAAAGGUCACGCAAUAGGGGUCAGGGCAAGCGACGAAGCAGCAGCCGGGACAGGAAGUCACGUCGAUCAAAAAGCAGGGAUCAAAGAGACAGAGGCAGGGAGCAUGGGAGAGACCGAGAGGACGGAGAGAAGAAGAAAAGCGACAUUAAAUCUGAUGAAGCGAAGAGCAAAGAGAGCAGAGCAAGAGACCAGAGCUCUAAAGAGCGGUCUAGUCAAAAACGCCGGAGCAGAGAGAGAAGUGCCAAACGGAGACGUGCGAAAAGCAGCAGCAGCUCAGACAGCGACACAGACAAGCGCAAAAAAAGAGGGAAGAGUGAGAGCCCCAAAAGCAGAGAGCGAGCAAAAGACAAAUCACGCAGCCCCAAGAAGGAUCACAAGAAUGAGAAAAAGGACUCCAGCUCGAGCGACAGUGACUGAUACUGCCCAGGACCUCCACAUCCUCUGAACACCUCAUCCAGUCUUAAGAACUACUGACGCACCGAUCCCAUGUGUCCACUCGCAAUGCGAUGCCGAGGUUAGAGAUCAGAGUGCCGGCUGAUAUCACACUGAUCCAAGACUGACUUUUUUUUUUUUUUUUCUUUCUUUUCUUUUCUUGUUUUUAAACGCAGCAGUUUGGCAAACUUGGAUUUCUCCUCAUCCCAAAUGUAGCCAAGAUAUGUUUGAUUUCUGACAUUUGCUUCUGGGUAGCUAACAAGUAAUGACGAAUCAAAAAUGUAUUAGCUAGCUAGCAAGUAAAAACUUAAUUCCCAUGAUUUUGGUUGCCUGGAAUCCGAACUGAAUCGGCUAAAAAGUGGUAGGUAACGUAAUGUAAAAACAACAAAAAAAAUAAAAAUGGAGAGCUGUUUAGCUAGUUAAGGGAAUUAAUACAGACACAAAAAAAAAAGUAUGUAAAUUCCCACAGUGAGGCCAAAGUCAUCACCCUUUUCUAACAAAGUAUCUGAGGGAGCACGUUGUGUUCGUUGUCGAUUUAACAAUUUGGGAAGUUAUCGGCCAAUAUUUCGACUGUUAGCUGCAGUGUUCCGUCUUUGCAUCACAAAUAACAUACAGGGGUGUCCGAAAAGUCAGGAACCAAUCAGAGUAAAACUACAUAUACUUAAUUUUGUAUUUAUUAUUCACAACAUAUGCUCUAUAUGGUGUCCCUUACGCUCUACACGUUUUCUCAGUAUCUUUUUUUUAUUUUUUUUUUAAAUUGGAGUAAUAUAUCUGCUCACCGUAUUCCUAUUGAUUCCUGACUUUUCAAACCCCCUGUAUAUUCCUUGUGAUGUGAUAGACUCUGGCUAGCAUCCUUUAUUUAUCUUUGAUUAUGUUUAACCUUGAGGUGACUGACUUGUACUGCUUUCGAAGCAGGAGAGUUAAAUCACAGCUUUGCGCUGCACUUCUUUUUUUUUCUUUCUUUCUUAGUUUCGUCAGUGAUUCCGCAUACCUAAUGUGUUAAUGUCAUGUGUGCAUGCUAAUUAACCCAACCUUUGUGUAGUGCAGCAGGUGAUGGGAUUCAGAACGAGUCAUACGCACUAUAGUUACAGCAUUGCGGUCCGUCACACAACCAUGAAUUACAUUGUUACCUUUUUUUUUUUUUAUUUAUUUUUUUCCCCUGGUUGCUGUACGAGAGAGGAAGAGAAACACUGCCAACUAACCUACUGAGCCUACGUGUCCCCUGGGCAACUGUGAAUAAAAACUUAAGAGCCAGGACACACAAUCUUUCUACUGAUUAAUCCACCUCUGAUGAUAUAAUUCCACUUCAUAUAUUGUGAUACAUGCUCUAUUCCAGCUAUUUUACACAAUUAUUUCUUUAAUAAUGAGAUCACACAGCUUAACAAUGUCAUUUCUUUCAAGUACAUGUAGAUAUGGCUAUGUAUUUAUGCAAAAGACUUAAAUUACUAGCUCGAGUGCAAAACUAAAGAAGCAAACAUCAGACCCAAACACACCCUGGCUGUUUUGACUACAUUUGGGACGUUGUGAACUUUGCAUUUAAGAAUGGUAGCUGUCUUAAAAAAACAUAUCUCUGCUUUAGAUUUCAAUGAUCUCUGCAGUGUUUUAUCUCCAAAGGGCCGCUCUUGUCCCAAAUCAAACCAAACAUCGCUUGCUGGCUAAAGGCGAGUGUCAUUUCAGCUCAGCUUCAAGCACGAGUGAGCUUUAUUCGAUGUUUGAUCUUGGUCUUCAAACGAGUUGUGAUUUGUACCAGACAUGAAGGUCUGCAGCCACAUCGGCCUUUUGCAGGUAAGACUGGAUGUCCCUGAAUUAGCCUUUUAAAGGGUUACCGAUGUGCACACGGAGCCAAGACGACGUGAUUCAGAGACUGGUGGUUCGUGAGAAGUAAAGUGGCGGCAGUCUUUUUCUCUUCUUUCCUCCAUGCUGUUUGCAGGAGCUGUAUUUCAAACUGGAUCUACUUUUAGUUAGCAUAAAAUGGAUGAUCGUGCUUUCCCUGAGGUCCUACGCGACCUAUGUCGCUGUUCUGCUCGGUGUUUAGUGUGAGACAGGAUGGGAAUUUAGAUUUUUUGGAGUUUUAUAUGGGGUUUUAUGUAUGUAAUGUCCACAUACAAGUGUCGGUUCUGUUUGAAAAUUAAAUCCGAUUCUGAAAAUA